GGAGGAGGGGCGCGGGGCGGGGGAGGGGCGCCAGCCAUCUGUGCCCGGGUGGAAACUGUAGGUAAGGGGCGCCUGGGACGGGCUGUCUGGCCUGGGCCAACCCGGGCUUCUCGCCGGGCCUCAGUUUACCACUGGCAUCCAGGCCAGAGGCUGAGAUGAGGUGACAGGUAGGACGGGCCUCCUGCGCAGCAGGUGGGCGCUAUCUCUCCAGUGGAUCAGCCCCGCCGGCCAUCGCGGGCUUCCCGGGCGCCUCUGGAAGGAAAGUCCCGGGAGGAAGGCGUGGCCGCAGAAACUGUCCCUGUUUGCGGCCCGUGGGCGGGGCAGGUGUGAAGCGCGCUGGAGAGCAGGUGGGCGCCGCCUCUCGCUGCCGUCAUCAAACACCCCCUGCGCACCUACUGUGCGAGCCUGUGGGCUGCAGUUAGGUAAGACCUGCCCUGUUCCCCGGGAGCCCCAGGCCGGCCGGGAGACACAGGUGUGUGUGUGUCACCUUCCCCACCGGGAACACACUGACCAUGUUCAGCAGGUGGCCCCCUGUGUCUCCCAUGUGCCCCGCGCUCACCGAGCGCGCAGGUCAACGCGGAUGGGCGCCGCCGGAGAUUCCCCCUGGGUAAGCUCAGGGAGCUUCUGGGUCAGAGUCAGACACACAGAAGCUAGGUGUGGCUUCGCAGCGCUGUGAUCACAGUACUCUGGGAGGCUGAGGCAGGAGGAUGGCAAGUUUGAGGCCAUUUGGGCAACUUAAUGACUUAGCAAGAUCCUGACUCAAAAAAAAAAAUACAUUGGACGUACAGUCACCCCAGGGCUCGGUAGCAGUGGGGUUUAGGGACACCAGAGAGCCUGGUCCUGAGUCACAGGGCUCCAGAUCCCUCACCCUGAGCCACCCCUUCCUGAUCCUGGAUCCCUGAUGGUUUCUGCCUCCUGCCCAUGUCCCCAAGCUGCCUUGGGAGGUGUGUGGACUCCCCUCAGCCUGCCACCCGAUGCCUUUGCUCACCUCCGCCCUCCAUGCCCAGGUCAGGGCUGGGGACCUUUGAGGCAGACACCUGUGACCCUUUCACUCCGGCCCCUCCCCCGCAGGCCCAGUCUCUGGCCCACCUGGAUUCCUGUCCUCCAGAAAGAGCUGUGCCCACCCCACCCCGCUCAGCGGGGCCUGAUCCCUAGUCUGCUUGCUUGUUGCCCACUGUACCAAAGAGAAUUCAGCGCCCCCUGGAGUUGUGCUCAGCACACAGCACCCCUUCACUGUCCAGCGCCCACUGCACCCCACAGCCGUCCAACCUGAGCUCUUUUCGCCUUUGAAGUCUCACGAAACUCCGCACCUGGCCUGGCCUGCACCUGGCCUGGCUCUAUCGGAUGUCUCGGUGUUUGUGGCAUAAACACACUUACUUACUGGGCGGUGAUGCCCGGGGGCCUGGCCCCUGCUUGCUGUCCCCACCCAGUUCUGGCCGAGCAGGUUCAGGCUCUGUCUCUUCUGCUCUGGCCCCAAAGAGCAGCACCCCUCAGCCCAUCUCCCCUCACUGAGCUGCGGAUGCUGAGUGAGCAGAAUGGGGGGGACAGACAGUAAGUGCUGGACCCAGGAGCUCCUCAUCUCCCCAAACCUCCUCUGGCCAAUGUUGGGAAAAUUGCUGGCGAGGUCAAAUGUAUAGAUGAUGAUAGUAAAAAUAAUAAUAAUAAUAAUAACAGUGCUAAUGUCCUGUGACAGAAGUGAUAGCGACCGAAAGUGAUAAGGUCAUCACAGUGGAAUUUCUCUUUGACACUCCCAGGACUUCCCCUCAGAUUGUGUUACUCCCCCACCCCCAGGGUCCCGCCCGUUCCUCCUGCCCAAGACAGGAUAGAUGUGGCCCUGGGCUGCGAGGACCCUGGUCUGGUCUUCGGGUCCCGCGGUUGGCAGGGCCUGGCCGCCACCCCUCCUUAUCUGCCCCUGAGAACAUCAGGUGCCCUGGGCCUGUGACUCAGUGUCUGUCUCCUGGCUGAGCUCAGCUUGGGCACGGGGACAGGGGAGAGGGCAGUUUCUUCUGAGACCGGUGGUGACUCAGGGGCCUGGGGCUGGGGCCUUUGUACCUUUCUUUGUUGGCCACGGCUCAGGAAUCCAGCGAAACUGGUCACGGGGAGGCCCUGGGGGAUCCGGUCCCUCCUCUGUCCCCGCCCCUCCUCCUGAGCUGUAUAACUGCACCUGUACCCUGGUUGCCGGGUGGCAGCUGGUGGCAGCGGCGGGAAGGAACUGGUUGGGUCACACCUGCUGAGGGCGGCAGGCGGCGGCGGUUGGCUUUGUCUCUCCGGGGGCCUCUUCGGGAAAAGUUUCCCUUCCCCAGGCGGACUCCAACGUCUCCCUAGGACCCCGACAGCCCUCCGAGCCGGAUCCCGGUUGACUCCUCCGCGCCAUGGCUUCUAUGGGGCUGCAGGUGCUGGGCAUCUCGCUGGCCGUGCUGGGCUGGCUGGGCACCAUCCUCUGCUGCGCGCUGCCCAUGUGGCGCGUGUCGGCCUUCAUCGGCAGCAACAUCGUCACGGCGCAGACCAGCUGGGAGGGCCUGUGGAUGAACUGCGUGGUGCAGAGCACCGGCCAGAUGCAAUGCAAGGUGCACGACUCGCUGCUGGCGCUGCCGCAGGACCUGCAGGCGGCCCGCGCGCUCAUGGUCGUCGGCAUCAUCGUGGCGGCGCUGGGCAUGCUGCUGUCCGUGGUCGGGGGCAAGUGCACCAACUGCUUGGAGGACGAGACCGCCAAGGCCAAGACCAUGAUCGUGGCGGGCGUGGUGUUCCUGCUGGCCGGCCUGCUGGUGAUGGUGCCCGUGUCCUGGACGGCCAACAACAUCAUCCGGGACUUCUACAACCCGCUGGUGGCUUCCGGGCAGAAGCGGGAGAUGGGGGCGUCGCUCUACAUCGGCUGGGCGGCCUCGGGGCUGCUGCUGCUCGGCGGGGCGCUCCUGUGCUGCAGCUGCCCGCCCCGCAGCGACAAGCCCUACUCCGCCAAGUACUCGGCGGCCCGCUCCGCCGCGACCAGCAACUAUGUGUAGGAGACGCCAGGCCACGCCCUCCCUUUGGGCUUUGUUUUUCCUUGGACUGAACUCCGCCCAUGCGGCCAGGGACCCCGGGAUGGCCCCGCCACAGACUUCUGGCUGCUGGCACCUGGGCCAGCAGGGACGGGGCAGCCCUUGGCCCCCUCUGGCCUCUGAUCACCCCGCCACGGCCUCUCUUCUCCAUGGCCAGGAUGGACAGACGGAGACUCCCGAGCCACCCGCUCCGCAUGGCCAGCGGGAUCGACACAAUGUGGCGGAGGUGUGGGGAGCUGGCUCCUGCCGGCCAGGACAGCUCAGCCCUGACCUCAGGCCGCCCACACCGGUGUUGCCCACGGUCCCUUUCUGCCUCCAUCCCUCUGUCGCUCCGGUUCUUUUCUUGCCACUUCUCCCACGUUCCUGGGUGCCCCAGGCCCUGGUGUGAUGGACGGCGGAUGGCAGGUGACCGGGUGGAUCUGUGAUCACAUGGAAAUCUGCCAGUGUGGAAACCUGUACCACCUGUGAGAGCGCCGGGCCACCCACCUGCCUCUGGAAUGGCGCUCGGACUGGCUGGACGGGUUUGUGGGAGGGGUGAAGGCAGAAGAAACAGGUUUGGGUAGCGCCCAGGGAGGGGGCCUGGCAUUGGCCAGCCUCGGGGAGGGUCCCGGGACUUCCUCCGCCGGCCCUGUCUGGUUUCUGUUUUUGUAAUUUAAGAUGCUCUGUUCAUCACUGUAAUUAUUAUUAUUUUCUACAAUAAAUGAAGCUGUGCACGUGA